GCCAAUCCCAGCCAUAUGAGCGCAGCACAUGCGAUUAAAGACCAAAAUGGCGGGUGUAGCCCGGCUUUUGGGUACAGCAGCUACGUUAAGUUGCAGACUAGCAGCAUCUGCCACAACAAGCGUAACCAAAGCGGUCCAAGGUCCAGUGUCCCCUACGGGUUAUCUUCUAUGUAUACGCAGCACAAGUUUCUUUGCAAAAGUGACUGCUGAACAGCUUUGGAAAAGUGUAACAAGCGUCAGUAAUGCCGGACGAAAGCGCGGACGUGCCUCUGGCCAUUCUAGGAAACGGUCCAAAGACCUCAACAGAGGGCAAGUCAUCGGUUAUGGUAAAAUCAACAUGGUGUGGCCAGGACUCAACGCUCCCGUGAUCCGAGGGAAAGAAGUUGUUGAAAGAGUGCAACUUCCGCCAGAUAAAGAGAGAGAAGAAAAGAUACUAAAGCUUAGAGACGAAAUGCAAGGUUUUCGACCCAUGAAACUGAGUCCCCUGGAACGGGGCUGGAGUGGAUCGAGGGCACCAGGCCGCAGUAUUGGUCCACCUGACCCCAUAGGAGAUAGAAUGUUUGAAAAUUUUGACACAAUCGUUGUUGAGCUCUUGAUGGUAACCCGAAUGACGAGCACGUUUGGGAGAGUGCGAAGACACAAAGCAACUGUCGUGGUUGGGAAUGGCAAUGGGCUCGUUGGAUUUGCCAUUGGAAGGUCACCUGAUGCCAAAGCAGCUCUCAGAAAGGCAAAAAAUCGAGCUGCACAGAAACUCCGAUAUGUCGACAGAUUCGAGGGGCACACAGUCUACCACGACUUCUACGCUGAAUUUGGUCCUAUGAAGAUGUUUGUCAAGAAAAAGCCCAAAGGUUACGGAGUAGUGGCGCAGCGAGUGAUAAAAGAGGUUUGCAAGAUGGCCGGAAUCGCUGAUAUUCAUGUGAAGUUGGACUGCAGGGCGGGCUGUGCCAGUAAUCUGAUAAAGGCAUUUCUCCUAGGAUUGCACAAUCAGAGAACACACCAGCAGCUAGCGGACGAGAAACGACUCCACCUCGUCGAGUUUCGCAACGAGACGGACCUUUUCCCGCGAGUUGUCGCAUCUCCGACUACCGGCUGCCGCAAGUCGGCAGAAGUAGACCCUAAUGAGGAGUGCGACCUCAACAUGGUGGUCAGUGGAGGAAAAGUGGCACGUGAGAAAGAAAAGUUUGUCCCAUGGUACAUCAAGCAAAACACAAAGGGGUGGCAGAUACACCUCAAGAAAGUGGCGCCGUACCGCAAUGCGUACUGGACACGACUCAACCUGAUUGCAAAGUACGGAAAGCUGUGCAGCUUCCUCAACCCCGAAGAUCAGCACGCCAUUCAUCUGAAACUGAAGAAAGAACAGGCAGAGGGGUGACGUGACCAAGAACUGGUAGAACUACAGAAAUAAUUAAUAGUGUUACAUGAAUAAUGAAUAGUUGAAGAUAAAUACUCUGCUGUCUUA